ACUCUGAGGCUGACACUCUCCAUUUUGUAAGCUCGGCAAACGCUAUAAAAGCACCGAGUUAAAUCCCCUCAAAUAAAUCAGGCCAGAUUCCCAAGAAAUCAGACCGCAAGACCACCCGUUGUCGUCCGAAAGGAAAGGGAAUCUUAUCGUAUGUCCGCUAUCCAGAACCUCCAAACUUUUGACCCCUUUGCUGAUGCAACUAAGGGUGAUGAUCGGCUCCCUGCUGGGACGGAGGACUACAUCCACAUAAGAAUCCAACAAAGGAACGGGCGAAAGACUCUGACCACGGUUCAGGGCAUAGCCGAUGACUAUGAUAAAAAGAAGCUAGUCAAGGCCUUCAAGAAGAAAUUUGCCUGCAAUGGCACUGUGAUUGAGCACCCCGAGUAUGGUGAAGUAAUUCAGCUGCAAGGUGAUCAACGCAAGAACAUUUGCCAGUUUCUGACUGAUAUUGAACUGGCCAAAGAGGAGCAGCUCAAAGUCCACGGGUUCUAGAAGCUGGUUGGAAGUGACCCGACCCCUCCCCCUACACUAACCCAACCUACCCUAUUACUGUGCUGCCCCCCCCUCCCCCCAAGCAGCCUCCUGUUCAAGGGGGAAAAAAGAUGAAAAUGAUUUCCUCUCAAUUGAGACUUUUAGUAUGGCACCCUUAUCAAAACGACCAGUACUGUUCAAGCAUGAACAGACGGCUAAGAAAAUUAUGCGGGAUGAAUGAUUGUUCCUUGUCCCAUCCUUUAGUCCAUUUUAGUUAAUCUUGUGCUGCUCUUAAGCGCAAUUCCAUGUAAUUUUUUUUUCUUUCUCUCUUUGUUUUGUACAAGGUGUUUCAAUAAAACCUUCAGAUGCCACAUUUUGCACAAUCUUUUAAGUUGAUGGGCGGGGAGUGGACGAGGCAGUUAAAGGCUUUCUUGGUUCAUGUUAAAAUACCACCAUAAAGAACCUGCAUUUUAGUCAUGAUGUGGGCCAGCCUGUUUCAGGGUUGCAUUUGUGUGCAGUAUGUGCACAAAGCACAGCAACCCCAUCUUAUCGCUAACAUGCAUCUCUAACUGCCUUUUUACCCUUAUUUUUAACAAUAUGCAUAAUAUAAAUUUUUCUAAUCUUGUAGUAUUUUGUUUUUGGUCUGGAAUAAACAAUAUCCCAUA